UGUAUCGGCCUGUCUCUACAGUCAGACUACGAGGACUCAGCCUGUAUUUGUAUAAAUUACUGUCCUUUACUGCACUCAGGUGUGUCUGAUGCUACAGUGAAGCCAGUGAUGGUUGGAGAAUCGGUUACUCUAAAAAUACAGAGAGACGGGGACAUCGAGUGGAAGUUUGAAGAUCGGAACAUUCUUAUAGCUAAGAUCAGCAGAGAUGAAAUCACAUUGUAUGAUAAAGUUCUUGAUGGGAGUUUUAAAGGCAGACUGAAGCUGGAUCAGACUGGAUCUCUGACCAUCACCAACACCAGAACAACAGACUCUGGAGAUUUUAAAACAAUCAACACCAGCACAGGAAAGCUUCUCAAGACAUUCAUGCUUACCGUCUAUGGUCCUCUUCCGAUUCCUGUCAUUUCCACCGACCCAACUACAUCUUCAGAGUCCAGAUGUGUGCUGCUGUGUUCAGUGGUGAAUGUGAGCGCUGGGAGUCUCUCCUGGUACAAAGGAAACCGUGUAUUGUCCAGCACCAGUGUGUCUGAUAUCAGAAGCAGAAUCUCUCUACAUCUGGAGGUGGAGUAUCAGAAUAAUACCUACAGCUGUGUGGUCAACAACCCCAUCAGCAACCAGACCACACAUCUGGACAUCAACACACACUGUAACACACGCUCAGCUGUGAUCCUAUUGACUCUCCCUGUUGUGGUGGGCAUGAACGUGGGCGUGGCUGUCGUCACAGCCAUGGUGACUGUACUGGUUUAUAAGUUCAUAUCCCGAUGUCUUCGAAGGAAGAAGCAUGCUCCGGAAGAAGCAAAAAACGCCUAUUCAUCUCUAAAUUAUGCACUGUAAAAAUAUCCAUAAAUUAGCAGUUCUCUGUAUUUUGUGAUUCAUAAUUUUAUUUUUCAUUUCCCCUGUUUAUUUAUGCUUUAGAAUCACAUUACGAGAGCUUGAUCUUUCUUCCAACAAUGUUUAGUCUUAAAAAGCUUGAAAAAGUGAAAUUUCUCUCCAGAGAUGUUUAAUAGGAUUUAGGUCUGGGCUCUGUCCCUCAAGGACAUUCACCGAGUUGUUGUGAAGCCAUUCCAUUGAUAUUUUGGUGGUGUGCUUUGGGUCAUUGUCCUGCUGAAAGAAGAACCAUCGCCCCAGUCUGAGGUCAAGAGCACUCUGAAGCAGGUUUUCAUUCAGGAUGUCUCUGUACAUUGCUGCAUUCAUCUUUCCCUCUAUCCUGACUAGUCUUCCAGUUCCUGCUGCUGAAAAACAUCCCCACAGCAUGAUGCUUCCACCAACAUGCUUCACUGUAGGGAUGGCAUUAGCUUGGUGAUGAGCGGCGCCUGGUUUUCUCCAAACGCAAUGCCUGGCAUUCACUCCAAAAAGUUAAAUUUUUGUCUCAUCAAUAAUCAAUUAAAGUCACUUUGUUAAACUGUAGAGUUGAAUUUUCAACAUCAAAAGUUGACACCGCAGAGAUCAAGCUCCUAUAAUGCAACUCAAAACCAUAAAUAAACAGAGAACACUUACAGAAACUGUUAAUUAACAGACAUUUUUUUACAGUGCAGUGAAUCACUCCCCCCAUUGGGGUAAACAUCAUUUACAAAUGGAGAACUCAUUCACCGUUUGUAUUCACCUUAGUUUGCAACAAGAAAUUAGCUAAUUUUCCAUGAAUUGUCUGAUCCCACCUGAAUGACGAUUAACCAAAAGCAUGCAGUAAACAUUAUUUGUUCUACAAAUCAGUUUGUUUCAGAUACAUAUUUACCAAAUAUUUUAUUUUAAUGGGGUUCAAGUGUGUAGCUGGACCAAACCAAAGAAAACUAUUUUUAAACUUUUUGAGAUUGAAUUGAAUAGUCCUAGCAUUUUCAUCCAAAAUAGCAAAAGUUAUCAAAACAAGGGUGAGUCUCAAUCAGCAGACUUGUUCAGUAGUCAGUGCACUGACCAGGGCAUCAGCCAUUUUAAGUGCUGUCUCAAUCUCAAAAUUCUUCUAGUGCACUGAAACAUUCGCAUCAUGAAAAGUCCCCCAAUGCACUGUGAAAGUUUGACUCAUGGUCCUAGAGGUCUGUGAGAAAUUUGAGGGCAACAAUUUUGGCUUAAGAACCAAUAUUGUCAAUAAAACUAUUCAUCACAUAAUCACUAUUAUUUUAUAAAUACCUUCUUGUUUGAACUUUUUCUAGACUGGGGGUGCCCAAACUCGGUCAACUUUUAUCACACACACAUGAACCAGCUAAUCAAGCUCUUACUAGGGCUGCAUUCUAGUCCAAUUUUUUUUAUUCCCUUGCCUAACUUCCCUCCAUCUUGCGUAAUGUAGUCAGUGACAUACAUCCGAGUGAACAAGUGUCCACUGGGAGCAUAUGAAUAGGUUUAAAUGGCAAGCCCUAAAUGCAGCACUUGGGAACUACACUGUUGUGACCUCUAAAAUUUGCAUUGCAUUCUAGGAAAUAUAGUAUAGGUUUUGGAGUGGACAUGAAGUAGACUUGCUCCCACUGUCAAAAUUGAGGGAUCGAAGGUAUGUCCAUGUAAAGUUCACUUGAUGAAGUGGAACGCACUUUAAAAUGGCAGCAAAGAUUCCUCAGAGGGAACAAGUGAGGAGAAUUAAGCUUGUGAACUGGAACACAGCCUAUGUAUAUACUAGAAACUUCCUGGCAGGUAUGUUGAAGCAAGAUGAAGCUAAACUCUGCAGGACACCAGCCCUCCAGGACCAAGUUUGGGCACCCGUUUCCACAAAAAUUUGGCAGAGACAAGCUGAAGAGAGUCCUGGCAAAAACAUCAGACCCAACCGUUCUCGAUUAACACAAUAGCCAAUGCCAAAUUCACAAGAGCAUGACAAAGUGGACAUGAGACUAUUGGUGUGUACAUGUCAUUUUUCAAAGGGCACUUGGGAUUGAAGAAAAAAAAAAGACCGGCCUAAUUAGCUGUUUCAAUCUUCAGUGCUCAACCUCAUAAAAAAAAAAAAAAAAAAAAAAACCUGCUAUGUCAGCACAGCGCCACCUUGUGUUCAGGAGCACAUGAAGCUGUAUCUCAAAUCUUCCCCACCGCUUAAUAUGAUAAUAUUAUUAUCAUAUUUAAAAACAAACUUCGGAGUUUACGAAAACCUUGUGUGGUCAUAAACCUGCUAGUCUGGCAAUUAAAAAAAAAGCUUUUGGCUUAUAAUAUCAAAACGGUUUCAAAAUGCUUGAACCCCAGUUUCUGUUUGCAGCAUUUGUUUUAAACAUUCAGCUUAAUUAUGAAACUGAUGUGUCAAUGUAUGUUGUUAAUAUACGUUUAAUGUUGUCAUCUCCUUUGUAUGCUUUCUAAGUGUCUAAUUUAUAUACGUGUGGUGAUGCUUUUAAAU